AGUCUCACUGUCCAUGCUUCGUAGCGGAUCAUUAGCACUGCUGAGGACCAGCACUGAGAUAACUACCUUGUUCUUGGUGCCGACGGUCCAGGUUUUACCGCUCACCUGUCGUUCUCAAGUCCCAUACAGGGAUUUCUCCUUGUCGGGUUGCUUGUGUAAGAAAAAGAAAAGUCUUUGGUUUCAACACUUUGAAGGACAAAACAUGGAUGGCAAUAUUGAAGAAGUGCUUGCCCCACUGAGGCUUGCAGUCAAAGAACAGGGUGAAUUGGUGCGGAAAAUGAAACAGGAGAAUGCCCCUGACGUAGAUGUCACAAAAGCUGUGUCUGAAUUAAAAGCAAGGAAGAAAACUCUGGAGGCUAAGGAACUGGCCUUGCAGCCCAACGAUGACAUAGUAGACAGAACCAAGAUGGAAGAUACCUUGAAGAGGCGAUUUUUCUAUGAUCAGGCAUUUGCUAUCUAUGGAGGUGUUAGUGGACUGUAUGACUUUGGCCCUGUGGGCUGUGCUCUGAAGAAUAACAUCCUGCAGGCUUGGAGGCAACACUUCAUCCAGGAGGAGCAGAUCCUAGAGAUUGACUGCACCAUGUUGACCCCAGAGCCGGUCCUCAAGACUUCAGGGCAUGUGGAUAAGUUUGCUGACUACAUGGUAAAAGAUGUCAAAAAUGGAGAGUGCUUUCGAGCUGACCACCUUCUCAAAGCCCAUAUACAGAAACUGAUGUCUGACAAAAAGUGUCAAGAUUCAAAAAAGGCUGAAAUGGAAGAUGUCAUCACUCAGAUGGACAACUACACCCAACUAAAAUUGACAGACCUCUUUGUGAAGUACAAUGUCAAGUCCCCCACCACAGGAAAUGACCUAACCCCCCCCAUCUCCUUUAACCUCAUGUUCCAGACAUCUAUUGGGCCAGGAGGGAACAUGACUGGCUAUCUGAGGCCUGAAACUGCACAGGGAAUUUUCCUCAACUUCAAGCGACUUUUGGAGUUCAACCAGGGCAAGCUUCCAUUUGCUGCUGCUCAGAUUGGAAACUCAUUUAGGAACGAGAUCUCACCCCGUUCUGGACUCAUACGUGUCAGAGAGUUUACCAUGGCUGAGAUUGAGCACUUUGUGGACCCAACUGAGAAGAUACACCCGAAGUUCCCCAAUGUGGCCGACCUUGACAUAAUGCUAUACUCUUCGAAGGCCCAGACCAGCGGCCAGUCUGCCCACAUCAUGAAACUGGGGGAUGCUGUAGAGCAGGGAAUCAUCAAUAACUCCGUCCUGGGAUACUUCAUUGGCAGGAUCUACCUCUACCUGAUAAAAGUUGGCGUGGCAAAAGACAAGCUUCGCUUCCGCCAGCAUAUGGACAACGAGAUGGCCCAUUAUGCUUGUGAUUGCUGGGAUGCAGAGACAAAAACUUCUUACGGCUGGAUUGAGAUUGUGGGCUGUGCUGAUCGCUCAUGCUAUGAUCUUAAAUGCCAUGCACGGGCUACCAAGGUCCCUCUAGCUGCAGAGAAACCCCUCAAAGAACCCAAAGUUAUAAAUGUGGUCCAGUUCGAGACAAACAAAGGGGCCAUUGGCAAGGCCUACAAGAAAGAUGCUAAGCUAGCUAUGGAAUACCUGGCUAUUUGUGAUGAGUGCUACAUCACAGAGCAGGAGCAGUUGCUCACAGAAAAUGGAGAGUUCACCAUUGAGACAGAUGGCAAGUCUUUCAAACUCACCAAGGACAUGGUCAGUGUAAAGAGGUUCCAGAAGACCCUGCAUGUUGAAGAAGUCGUUCCCAAUGUAAUUGAGCCCUCUUUUGGCAUCGGAAGAAUCAUGUACUCCAUCUUUGAACACACAUUCAAAGUCAGAGAGGGAGACGAACAGAGAACGUUUUUCAGCUUCCCUGCUACUGUAGCUCCAUACAAAUGCUCCAUCCUUCCUUUGAGCCAAAACCCGGAAUUCAUGCCUUUCGUUCGUGAACUAUCUGAAGCCAUGACAAAAAACGCUGUGUCCUACAAAGUGGAUGACUCAUCAGGAUCCAUUGGUAGGCGUUACGCCAGGACAGACGAAAUUGGAGUAGCUUUUGGCAUCACCAUUGAUUUUGACACAGUGAAUAAAACUCCUCAUACCGCCACUCUGAGGGACCGGGAUUCAAUGAGACAGAUAAGAGCAGAGGUCAAUCAAUUACCAGGCAUUGUGCGUGACCUGGCCAACAAUACUAAAACCUGGGCAGAAGUGGAAAGCAAGUAUCCUAUUUUUGAGGGUCAGGAGACCAGCAAGAAGGACACAGUCGAGGAUUAAACCCCUGACUUUGUCUGCCAAUUGCUCCUAGGAAAUCCAGACGUUUUUACAUUUUCAUCCAUAGGAACAAUGAUAUUGCCACUAAUUUGAGAAAAAAUUGCUCUUCACGAAUUGUCUUUGCUAUAAACAAAUGUGCAUGAAUUUCGCAAUAUAAUAUAAUAAUAAUUAUGAUUUAAAGAUUACCUUUUAUAGACACAUUUACCGAUGUGCUGGAGGUAAGUUCAAAAAGCUCCAAAACAUGCUUAAAAAUGGAGGAAAAUGUGGUUGUAAAGUGUGGAAGAUGAAAAUUCCAGUCUAUGGGCACGCUGAAGGGAAAAUAUGAAAGCAUUUCAGUUUAUUAAACUGAACCAGCUCUUACUAGACAUAGCCUGUCUAUUUUAUCUUGCUCGUAACCAUGUUAUUAAAGUGAUUCUUGCAGGUUGA